UACCAUUCCAUGAUCCAUGCAUCAUCUUAGAUUCAACCCAUAAAAUGGAAAUGAGUGAUUUCAUCGGAAUCAAAACAGAGAUCACCGGCACCGGACCUCCGAACAACAAACGACCCACCACCCGUAAAUCCACCAGAUUCGCCGCCGUCGAUUCAUUCUCCUCCGGCCAAGAAGACUACGUCGAAAUCACCCUCGACGUCCGUGAAGAUUCCAUCGCCGUUCACAGCGUUAAAAACGCCACCGCCGGUGGCGGCGAUCUCGAAAAUGAAGACCCAGAAUUUACACUUUUAGCAAAGGGAUUUGAAAAAAGGUCAUCUUUUGGUUCAUCAAUUGUUCGAAACACAUCUUCAAGAAUCCGACAAUUCUCCCAUGAACUUAAACGUAUCGCUUCUCUCACUAAAAAACCACGACAUAUCCGUUACGACCGGUCGAAAUCCGCCGCCGCUUAUGCUCUUAAAGGUUUGAAAUUUAUCAGUAAAACCGACGGCGGCGCCGGUUGGACCGCCGUUGAAAAGAGAUUUGAUAAUCUAACGGCAUCAUCUAAUGGGCUUCUUCCAAAAUCCCUAUUUGGUGAAUGUAUUGGGAUGAAUAAGGAAUCGAAAGAAUUUGCAUUGGAGUUAUUUGAUGCAUUGGCUAGGAGAAGAAAUAUAACUAGGACUAUGAUAUAUAAAGAUGAAUUAAAGGAAUUUUGGGAUCAAAUUUCUGAUCAAAGUUUUGAUUCUAGACUUCAGACUUUUUUUGAUAUGGUGGAUAAAGAUGAAGAUGGAAGGAUCAAUGAAGAAGAGGUCAGAGAGAUAAUCAGCCUUAGUGCAUCUGCAAACAUGCUCUCAAAUAUCCAGAGACAAGCCCAUGAAUAUGCAGCAUUGAUCAUGGAAGAACUAGACCCAAACAAUCAAGGAUAUAUCUUGAUUGAGGAUUUGGAAAUGUUAUUGUUACAAGAUCAAAGCCAUUCUAAUAAUGUAAGAAUAGGAGGAGGUGGAGUAGGAGAAAGUAGGGUCUUGAGCCAAAUGUUGAGCCAGAAGCUGACGGUUCGAGCCGAGCCUAACCCCUUAAGGAGAUCAUAUAGAGAUACCAAAUACUUCAUUUUUGAUAAUUGGCAAAGGGUUUGGAUAAUUGUUCUUUGGGUAGCAGCCAUGGCCGGUUUAUUCAUUUGGAAAUAUUUUCAAUAUCGGAAUAGAGCCGCUUUCGAUGUUAUGGGAAGUUGUGUUAGCAUCGCCAAAGGAGCUGCGGAAACACUCAAGUUGAACAUGGCUAUCAUAUUGCUUCCGGUUUGUAGAAACACCAUUACAUGGCUAAGGAACAAGACCAAGUUGGGUGUUGUUGUUCCUUUCGACGAUAACCUUAACUUUCACAAAGUAAGUUACAUAAUCGUGAUUGCAAUUGCGAUUGCAAUUGGGGUUGGAACACACGCGAUUUCUCACUUGGCAUGUGAUUUUCCUCGAUUAAUUAGGGCUAGCCCAGCUAAAUAUGAGCCGAUGGUGCAGUAUUUCGGGAAACAGGCUGAUAGUUAUUGGCAUUUUGUUAAGAGCUUUGAAGGGAUUAGUGGGAUAAUAAUGGUCGUCUUAAUGUCAAUAGCUUUCACUUUGGCUUCGCCGUGGUUUAGGCGAAGCAAAAUAAGACUGCCUAAGCCUUUCGACAAGUUGACGGGUUACAACGCGUUUUGGUACUCACAUCAUCUCUUUGUCAUAGUUUAUUCUCUUCUUAUCGCUCAUGGAAUCAAACUUUACCUUACCCAUGAAUGGUACAAGAAAACGACAUGGAUGUACUUGGCGAUUCCAAUCACUCUUUAUGCAUGUGAAAGAUUGAUUAGAGCGUUUAGAUCUAGUAUCAAGCCUGUUACAAUACAAAAGGUCGCUGUUUACCCGGGAAAUGUACUAGCGCUUUUUACGUCGAGGCCUCAUGGAUUCAAGUACAAGAGUGGGCAAUAUAUGUUUGUAAAUUGUGCUGCUGUUUCGCCUUUCGAAUGGCAUCCAUUCUCCAUAACUUCGGCUCCAGGAGAUGACUAUCUUAGUGUUCAUAUUCGAACUUUGGGCGAUUGGACGAGACAAUUGAAAACUGUAUUUUCGGAGGUAUGCCAGCCACCACUUCAAGGGAAAAGUGGACUCCUAAGAGCUGACGGCAUACAAGGAUCAGAAAUCAAUUUUCCAAGGGUUUUAAUCGAUGGACCAUAUGGAGCACCAGCUCAAGACUACAAAAACUACGAAGUGGUCUUACUUGUCGGUCUUGGCAUCGGUGCCACGCCUAUGAUCAGCAUCGUGAAGGAUAUAGUCAACAACAUGAAAUCGAUCGAGCAACAAAACACCCAAACCAACACAAGGUCAAGAAGUGGAAGGCAGUUCAAGACUAGAAGAGCAUACUUCUAUUGGGUUACAAGAGAACAAGGUUCUUUUGAUUGGUUUAAAGGGAUAAUGAACGAAGCAGCCGAACUCGACAGAUCAGGAGUAAUUGAGAUGCAUAAUUAUUGCACGAGCGUUUACGAAGAAGGGGAUGCUAGGUCAGCACUCAUUACUAUGCUCCAGACACUUAACCACGCCAAACAUGGCGUAGAUGUUGUGUCUGGGACUCGGGUCAAGUCUCAUUUUGCCAAGCCCAAUUGGCGUAAUGUUUAUAAACGCAUUGCUCUCAAUCAUAUAGAUAGUCGAGUUGGUAAGUUUAACACAAAAAAGUUAUGA